ACGUGCAGUUGACAAAUGCGCUGUUCUAUCUGGUCACUAUUUGAAUUUUAUAAUACCUGUAACGCUGAGUCACCUUGUCCUAUCAGGAAACAGAAGACCUAUAAAUCACCCUCAGGUGAAGAACUCCAGUCACUUCCACAACCACCUGAAGAAGGACAGAAGAAACUUCUGAUCUUCCUGGAAACAAAAGAGAUGAUUUUGCCAGUGGUGUUCCUGUGUCUCACAGCUGUGCUGCCUCUGUCCACUGCAGAGAAACCUGAAGAUUUCAAUGCCCUGUCAACCAGCAAAGCAAAUCAGCAAAAGCUGAUUGUUGACAAACAUAAUACCCUCAGGAGAGGAGUAAAACCAUCUGCCAGCAACAUGAUGAAGAUGGAAUGGUGUCCUCCAGCUGCAAAAAAUGCCAAAAAUUGGGCCAAUAAAUGUACUUUAAGACACAGUCCUGCUAACAUGAGAAGAACCACUGAACAAUGUGGUGAAAAUCUCUUCAUGUCAUCUGCCCCACUCUCGUGGUCCUAUGUUAUUCAGGCCUGGUACAAUGAGGAGAAAGAUUUCCAAUAUGGAACUGGAGCAAAAACACAAGGUGGUGUGGUUGGCCAUUACACUCAGGUGGUUUGGUACAACUCUUAUCAAAUUGGAUGUGCUGUCGCUUUCUGUCCCAAGACUACGUACAAAUACUUUUAUGUCUGCCAGUACUGCCCCGCGGGGAAUCUUCUAAAUUCAAUUCAGACACCCUACAAAAAAGGAGAACCCUGUGGUGACUGCCCUAAUGCUUGUGAGAAUGGAUUAUGCACCAAGCUUUGAAAGUUUGAAGAUGUUUAUUCCAACUGCCUUGGCAAAGUCUCCUGGACAUAACCAUAUCUUCAUCAAAUUCACUGCCCUGCUUCCUGCUAAUGCAAAACUGAAAUAAAAUGACAGGCUCAACUUUUCCCUUCCUGGACAUCCAUCUCCUUAGUGACUUCUUCCAUAAGAACAGAUUCCAUCCUGCCUCUCCCACAUAUGCAGAAGAACUAACUUCAGUCCAAUGACCCACACAAAAAAAAAAAAAAAAAAAAAAAUGUAUAUAUUCUGUUCAUAUAAUGGUUUAGAAUACAGUGGAGAUCUUAAUUGAAAUUUGGCAUUUGUGUACCAAGUUCCCAAAAUGUUAUCUAAGGAGCAUUGUUUGAAGUUCUGUGCUUCCAUAUGUUUCAUAUGAUGAACAGUUCUUGAUCAUGCAACUAGUCUUAACUUGACCAACAUUUUGAACUAUUGUACUGUUAACAGAACCAGAAGAUAAACAGAAUUACCGGAAAUAUACAGUUCUCAAAAUGAAUUAGGAGAGCAGUGCAGUUUCCACUAGAACUAUUCUGGUUUAGAAUCUGUAUCUUUUGCUGACGUACAUUCUACUUUAUAAUGCUCAGUUGUACCUAAACAUUUUUUAAAAAGUGUAUUUCAUUUAAAUUAAUAAUUCUGCUUAUAGUAUAAGAUUACCUUUAGUGUAAAUACAGCUAACCAAACCUGCCCUCUAAUGGAAAAGAACUUUCUGAGAAAAGGGCUUAAUUCACAAAAAUAGGUAGCCAUGUGGAAAGAUCCCUGCAUUUGGAACCUUUGCUUUUAAUAACAAGUAAGAAUGUCUUCCAAAAUUAUUUUUUUAAUAUCUGCUUUUGCUGUAUCAAUCAUUAAAUUACUAAUUCUUCACUGACAAA